CGGACGUUUUCUUUUUGUUCCCGGAGUUGCAACAGCCAGGUCACGCAAACCAUCCACGUUUGCUUCUGCUGUCCAUCCGAGCGGCCAGCUCGGUCAGGUUGGUUGCGGGCCGCCCCAAAGUUGUUGUGCCUGUUUCAGUCACUGCGCUCCCGUUGGCGUUCUGCCCUGCCCUGGCUCAAGCCACCGUGGCCCAAGUUCCUUGACAGUCUCUCCCUUCACGCCUCCGUACCCGCAGCUUCGCCAGGAGAUGGCCGCGCUUUCGCGCCCGGCCCUCGCCUCCAUCCUCGGCAGCUCGGCCCUCGGCUUCGCCGCGGCGCUCUCCGUCGACCGCGACCGCGGUGGCGCCCUCGGUGCCGACCGCGGUGGCGGCGGACAGACACCCGAGGAGCUGGGCUUCUCCGACGCAGGUGACUCCGACGACUCGAACAGCUAUGGUAAGUCUCAGUUCAGCGAAGAGUUCUGCCUGGACAUCGGUGCCAAGGGAUUCCCGAUCCCCACCUUCAAGAUGCUCCAGGCGGCCAACUGGGACGCAGCGACGUAUUUCGCGCAGUUGCAAGGGGCAGGGUACGCAGAGGACGCUUUGCAGAUGACGGGCCCGGACGCGGCCUUGCUGAAGUCGGACUGCAUGAAAGAGCGCGCUCAUGGCAGGUCGAGGCACAUCUUCGUGGGCGAUUCGCAGAUGAUGUCUCUUCGCAAUGCGUUCCACCGCCUCAACAAGUGCCCCGAGAUAUGGUACUCCAAUCACACCGAGCAGGACAUCUCCGACAUGAUGGGCACGGUGCGGAGGAACGAGAAGACCCAGACCAAGACGAAGAGCAACGCCCGCUUCUACUCCCGCGCCGAGCAGGUCCCCGCCCAGCUGCCCCACGGCUGCACGGAGGAGGGCAUUGCAUCCUUCAUCCAUUGGGACGGCUGGGCAAGCCACACGCUGCCCGUGAAGGACAUCAAGAAGGAAAUGGACAUGAUCGGUGUAGACCCUGCGGAGGGGGACAACGUUGUCGUCUGGGUUGGGUCGAACUUCAUCCCGGCAAGGCACAGGAUGAGCGCCCUGCUGCAAUCCAUCAACAAGCUCCACGAGAUGAAGGUCAAGUUGGUGUGGGACUCGCCCGCCUACCAAGACGUGGCCCUGAUGGCCGCCACGACGACCCACAGCGAAGGGCGCGACGAGCGAACUAAGAUUCCCAUCACCUUCAACUCCAUCUCUCAGCGGAAGACCUCUGGGCAGAUAGGCUCAAACGAGUAUACGGAGAAGGCUCUCUACGAGCAGGGCAUCGAGGUCCCCACCACGAAGCGGUGGCAGAUCACCAAUCGCUACCGCGGCCUCCAGUGCGACGGCAUCCACACCGACAUGCGCGCCAGGGACCCCCUCUUCUACGACAUGCCGUGCCCGAUGGGCCAGCAGAAGUACGGCCAGUCCACCUACUGCACCUGGGUGGAGCCGUUCAAGAAGGAGCUCGGCGGCCUCUGCCCGUGGGCCUACGGGCUGGACGACAUGGUGCUCCAGAGCGGGCUCUACGCCAUGUGCGCCGCGCACGAGAAGCCGUUCUGCUAUUCGUACACCGAGCACAUCCGCUGAGAGAACUCGGGGACCCGAGGUUGCGUGGGUCUUGCUAUAGGGGAACGGAGGAUGGCAUGAACAUCAAAAACGCGGAGGUCUUCGCGGAUUUCUCACAUCGGCGCUGGGGCCCCCUGUGCGGCGCCUCCGGCGCCGCCCUUGGCGCGCUCCGCGCGCCAGGGAGGGGGGUCCAGCGCGGAUCCGCGAAAUCCGCGCGGUCCUCAGAGUUUCUAUGUGUAUGCCAUUAGUUGUUGUCCUGCUUGCCUUUCUGAGGACGUGCUGGCCCGCGGAUGUGAAAGCAGAUCCUGCUCUUCGUCCACCUCCCUUUUCCCUCCCCCCUCCUGCCUC